CACGGAAAUCAGUAAACAGUACGAGAUAUACAUAUAUUCAGUAGUCAGCUGUUGGUGUAGUUACUCUCACAGCCUACAUAAUAAUAAAAAUGUCCGAUAAUGAAUUGAAUGCUGAUGUAGCGCUGCUAGUAGUACUUCUCUCAAUAUGCGGAGGUCUGUGCUAUUAUCUGUUCGCAGGGUCCGCAACUAGCAAGUCCGCCGGCAAAGAUCCUAAAGUUGCCAAGGUGGAUCUGAGGUCGCACUACGGAGACGGAAUCAAGCAACGAGCGGUGAAGAUCGAAGACUUGGAUCAAACACAAAUCCAAGGGCUAAUGGAUGCCGGCAAACUAAGCGACAUGCAAAUACGCCGUCUGCGAGCACUCGGCAAGCUAUAAAUAAACUAGUAAACAUAUCUGUAGCUAAGCAUCCAUCGGUUCUUAUGAGCUACCAGGUUCACCAACCAGACUCUGAUUGUGAAAUGCUUCCCACCAAUGAAGUUGCUGUGCACUUCAGCUUGUGACCACUGGCCAACAAUAGUGACUACAGCGAAUAUGUUUGAGGGCUAUGUCGACGCCGGCUCACACCACAGUAGGUACCAACAAAAGAGUACUGGUGCCCUCUGGACGUUGCCCAAUUUUUAAUCUGUCUGUAUAUCUGCUUGAUAGCUGAUGUCAUCUUUCCGGCUUCCCAUGUCCGUCAACAAACCAUAACCAUUUUGUAGAUCCCUAUUCUGGAUAGAAGUAAACAUGCCUGAUAGUGUCGACGAUCACAGCCAAUGAAUGUUUCAUAGCGAAUUAUGAACACGGGAUUCAAAUUAGUCAGAGGGUCCCGAAACUUCGUUCACAUUUACAUUUAAAUUUGUAGAAAUUAGAAAGUGGGACUACGCACCCCCAGGCUGAAAUCGCUUGUAGCGAUCGAAGGAGGAAUGCGAUGCACUGAAGUCUGCUAAAUAUGUUGACAGCAUCGCCAGUCUCUGAAAUAGUUUACAAAGCGUCGCCAAGCACUUGCUUGGUAGUUAGACGACUUCCACCACAAUCUCGCAACAUACAAAUUUGAAUCAUGUGUCUAGUUUGGUUCAUAAAGUUUUG